GUUACUCGCGGCUCAAUGUUUAGUUUAGCUAGGUGGCCCGUUUUCCGUGUUAUCAACCAAAUCGCUUGUAAAUGUGCGAAAUGAUUCCAGAGCGGUACGGGUCGGUGGAGCUCCACGUAGAAGCAUGCCGCUCACUUUAUGCAAACGCAGCAGGCAAAGACAAAAUCAUGCAGGACACACUGAGAAGCGCUUUGUCGGAGCUGGUAAAGAAACUGCAGGAGUGCACGAGGGGCUCGCCGAAACGCAGCAGAGAGAGGCGCGCCGAGGAGGCGCUGCGGCUGCUGCGGAGUAUCUCCGCUGCGCAGCUGUGCUCUCUGGAUGACGCGGCUCUUCGCCCCCUCAUGCGGCUGCUGCUGUGCGUUCAGCUGGAGAGCGCGCACAGUUCUACUGUCUGCCGCACCCUGGGUCAGAUGAUGCGGCAGCUGGCGGAAGUCCGGCGCGUGCUGGUCCUCGAGGAGGUGCGGGGAUGCUUCGCCGCAGUCGUCUUGGACUCGGACCAGGCUUUACAGGUGAAGGACCUACAAACAGUAAGCAUGUUCCUUGAGGACAGCACUGUGGGCCAUGAGACUGUGAGGCAUUCUUGCCCUGCUGUGCUCUGCAGGGUGGAGGAGGUGUUCUGCAGAGUCAUGGGGCAGCAGGCCUUGAGAAACAGAGACUUGCGUUACAUGGCUGUGAAGGUGUGUCUGCAGAUGUUCCAGCUGUUGCCUGGAGAGGUAGCCCCUCUGGUUUGGGAAAAGGGUUCCUCGAUCUUGCCAGUGGAGAAUAUUUUGACGUACCUCAUGGACAUCGUCCUGGGAGAGAGCUCCGACAGGGAUACGCGUCUUUUGGCGGGAACAGCCGUCGUCAUGCUGAUCAACACAGCACCGGUGGUCAGGGAUGGAGUCGCAGCAGCAUGGAGUAUACUUCAUGUCACACAGGAAGAUAACUGGCACCUAUGUGUUGGUGAGCUGAGGGCAGAGUGCAGAUCCAGAGAGGGGGACGGUGUGGAGAGACUGGCCAUUUGCAGGGGUUUGCUGACCUGCUGUCGCAAGGAUCUCCUGGUCUGUUGCCUAGAUAACCAAGAGAAAACUGUACUCCUGGAGGGACUGUUUCCCAUCAUUUCAGCGCUGUGCAAGGAGAACCUGCAGUGCCACUACUUCGUCUUCCAAGCGUUGGCGUUGUGGCUGAAGUGUGUUAAGGAGUGCCUUAGGCAGCUGUGGGGUGCAAGGGGAACACCUCUACUGAAGGAGGACUCUAGCCUGUGUCAGCAACUCGUCCAAGUCAUCUGGAACAGUGCCGAGAGUCCGGUAGAGGGUGUCGCCGAGUUUGUGCACAGCUCUUUCCGUCUCCUCUUGGAGAUCUAUGAGCUGGAAUGGCAGCAUUUUCAGGAUGGAGAGAAGCGGCUCUACUUUUCCCUACUGAAUCGCAUUGCUGCUCUGCCCUGGGAGGCGAAAGUCAAGUACUUCCCACUGUGUGCACUUCUCCCGUAUGUUGGUACCAAUGUGGUGCUUGAGCAGUUUCCUGAGCUUCCCCAUCACCUUCUGAAGUGCCUGUCUGCUAACAAUUUGUCACCAUGUGCCUCAGAGACCUACAAGUCCCUGAUACAGCAGCAGAGGAUGGAACUUUGCAGGGACCCAUCCUGCAAAACAGCCCCUCCCUCAGAGCAGGAUUUAGCAGUGAAGUGGGCCCAGCGGUGGCAGCCUGUGCUCCUCAAAGCCCUUACCUCGAAAACAACCCUCUUGCAGAGCAAUGCCUCCAACCACCUCCUGCCGUGGACGCUGCGCACCUUUCCCGCUGCCUUCGGUUUGUUGCAGACCUUGCUCUCCAUACCUGCAGCGGGACACCUCCGUGCCUGGGCUUGCCUCAUGAAUGUACAGCGGGCAGUGAGUGGCUCCUGGCCCCUGGAGGACAGGUCAUCCUGGGAGACUCUCCGGCUGGCCCUCUGCUCCUUCGAUGACAGCGUUCGACUUGCUGCCCUGAACCUUAUCUGCUGCAGCCCUAAGACCAGGGAGCCCCCAGCGCCAGUGGAGUUCACCAUGCUCAGGCAGUUCCUGCCCUUCAACCUCAACAGCGAGUCCUCCCCCUUCCGGCAGCAGCUUCAGGCAGCAGUGAGGAAGUUCCUGGUGCGAGUGCGGGAUAGCUGCCUGGCCUGUCUCCAGGACAGGAGCAGAGUGGCCACAGAGCACACUGAUGGACGCAUGGAGGCGAAUCCUGUGCUCAUUCAAGGAGCUGAUUUUGUGGACUGGUUGGCACUGCUGUCCUUCAGCUCCCUGGCACCGGGCUACAGUUACCAGAGGAAAAAGACAGCCCUGCUGCUGCUUUAUGCUGUUCUGGAAACCUGCACAGACACCUGGAGCCCAAACAGGAAGAAAGGCCAGCCGCCAGCAAACAUAUCUGCUUUGAUCAACUGGGCAAGACGUAGUGGAUGCUGGGAUUUCUUCUCAAAGUCCAAACUUAUGGUCCUUAUUAGCUGCUUGGAAGAUGGAACAAAUGAGAUCAGGGACCUGGCUGCUGGAUUGCUCCUGCAGUUCUUCCCCGUGGAUUUCCCAGACGACCUCACGACUGCACUGCUGGAGCGUGCCUACAAGCUCCUGGGCAGCCCCCGUGUGCCGGAGGCUCAGGCUGGAGCUGUCCUCGCCAAGGUCCUCAUCCAGAAGACAUGGGACCAUGCCAACGGGGGUUGUGCAGUGGUUGGACGCCUACUUCAGGAACUGGAACUGCAGUACCUGACGGCACGGUCGGACCUAUUGCUGGCUGCCCGCACUUCGCCGAUACACGGUGUCCUGUGUGCGCUGCAGAGGUGCCUGUUGGAGAACGCACAGCAGGGGGUAGCAAUGAGCCACCGCGAGGUAGGAGCACUUCUUGGCCUACUGGAGAGGAUAGCGCUCCUGCUGCUGGGUGUCCUGUACGGUGACACGGCUGGCUGUUCCAAAAAGCAAGAAACCUCUCCAUCAUUCUGUGCAAUGGGAAAUGCCAUCCGCUCCCUCAUUGCUCAGGACGGGGACCGAGCUGUGGGGGAGCAGGAUGACUGCGUACUGCUGUUGGAGGAGCACAGCCUAGUCCUCACCUGCUGUUGGGUCUCCUUCAAGGAGAUUGGUAUGUUACUUGGUGGCCUGGUUGGGAAGAUCCUGGAAAUGCCGUCCCUGGUAGAGUGCCCCCUGACUGCCGACGAUUUAAAAAGGGCAGCCGGGAUAUUCAGGGACAUCCUGCUUAAGUGUCGCCACUGCGGAGCAGUGGAGGGCUGCUGUGGGGGUUUCGCAAGGUUCUGUGCUGCCUUGCUAUGUAGCCAAGAGCCCCAGUUUCGGGAGAUCCCAGCUCUCAUGCUGGAGCAGGCUCUGUCAGUUCUCCAGUCCCCAAGCACGGCCUCUAUCACCAGGCGGGCGGCAGGGCUGCCCAUGCUCGUCCUCGGUAUUGUAGCGGCUGAGGAGACCAACAAGACCAGGCCACUGCUGGCACUUUGCGUGCGGACCCUCAUGGACACAGCCAGUAGCCCCCUGCCUGAGGACUGGGACCAGACGCUGGACCUUCCGCAGGUAUGUGCAGUGCACACGCUUCAGGCGCUUGUUCGAGGCUCUGCCCUGGGCAUGGCCAUGCUCCAGUACGCUGCGGCUGUAACCAUCCUAUCCCUUAAGCUCCUGAGCUCCCCCUACUGGGCCAUGAGGAAUGCAGCACUGCAGCUCUACAGCUCCCUUUGUUCUCGGCUGUUGGGUCCAUGCCUGGGAGGCGAUGAUGGGUCCACGCAUCACAGGAUGUCACCAUGUGCCUUCUUUUCCCACUACCCCACCCUGCAGCCCUUCCUCCUGAAGGAGCUGCGGAGUGCUGCCAGUGAGCUGCAGGGUCACUUGGGGGACGCCCGCUUGCGCCUGCACCCCUCCUUGUUUCCGGUGCUGACCCUUCUGGCCAAACUGCAGUCAGGGGUCAGCGAGGAGACCCAGUUUCUUUCAUCAUUCCAAGAGUCUCUGCUCCAGCUUGCUGGCAGCCCAAUCUUCAACGUCAGAGUGAUGGCAUCCAAAGCCUUGGUUGCCAUGACACCACCAGCGGAGUACAUGGAGGUUAUUUUGCAGCUGGCUAGAGAACUGUGUGGCCCAGAAGACUCUUGCUGUCACAACCUCCUUCAUGGACAGUUAUUGCAGAUGAGAGCUCUCCUGGACAGAGCUCUAAACACCAUCAGUGAUGACCAGCAAGUCCUGCGCCAAGUGGUGGCACACAUAGAGACCAGGCAAUGGCUGGCGACUCCAGCACAGCUGUGCCCCUUGGUCCGAUCAGCAUACCUGGAGGUGGUGAUGCUGGCUACCCGCUUCUGCAGCCACAGCUUCCUGCACUCGCUGCAAACUGAGCUGCUCCUACAGCUGCAGAGCCACACUCAAGAGCCCCUGUUCUCACAGGUAGGUUCAGCUUGCUUCUGUGAAAAUGCUGUCCGCUUUGUGUGUGAAGAAGCAACGAAGCUCGACGAACCCCAAUGUGCCGUGAAGCUGUGGGAGAACUUGCCAAUAGAGGGCGCCAGUGUGCAGCUGUCCUUGGUUAGAUGGGCAGCAGAGGGUGACUGCUGGAGAGGUACCACCAUGCAGCAGGUGCUACAAAAAGCCCUCAAGGCCAGCCUGAAGGCAGCGCUUUUGGACGGGAGUGUGGAGUACAGAAAGAUGUACUUGGCAGCGCUGCUGGCUGUGAUGACCCCCAGCGAUGCUGAUCUCCACUUCCCCUAUGCUCCACCCCAACAGCCAUCCUCAGGGGAGCAUGCAGAGCUGCUGCUAGUGGUCCUGGAGAGUGGCAUGUGGGGCCCUGAGCUCCUCUCCCAGGCCCUGCAGGUGCUGAGCCUGCUGCUGCCCCUCAGAGCUGAGUCUCUGCUGAUUGAUCGCUGGUGCCGCUUACUGGAAAUACACAAGGUCCCUGAGGCCCCUACGGUCCUGAGACUAGCUUGUGCGCAGGCGCUGCGCUUGGCAGGGGUCCUCCUGUUGAGCCCACCUCCAAAGGGCCGCAACGCUGACUCAGCCCUGAGCGUCAGGCUCAUUGGCACUGGAAUCUACCUGCUGAAAGACGACAACCUGCAGGUGAGGACAGAGGUGGCCGGCUUCACCUCUGCACUGGCUCGUGCCAGGACAGGCAGCACAGGGGGACACUGUUUCCUGACGCAGGUGAACCGUUGCCUUCUGUUCCUUCUCGAUCUGCUGCUGGAGGAAUUCUGGGACAGUCCAUACACCCUGGAGAUCUUGCUGCAUCACCUGCCGGAGGCUGACCUGGAUCCCGUACUGAGGGAUGCACAGUGCACAGAGCCGUCCUGCCUAUACGAGAAGGAUGAGGCCAAUGUAUUCAGCGAACCUGCAGCGAUGUCCGAGUACAUGCUCCCCUUUCUGCUCAAGCUGGUGGAGAAGGUCCCGGAAUCGGCCCAACUCGGGGAUUUGGUGGCACGCUGGGCCAGAGAGAACACUGAGCCAAUACUUGAAAACAUUGCCAUCUGCAAAGCAUUCAACCCAGGUGACUCCCCUUCCUGGCUGAACCUGCUGAUGGAGCCCAGGUUCCACUGGGCCCUGUGUGGCCUGUUCGUGAGGGCUGUGUUCCUACUGCGUCUGCUUGAAAACAUGCCGGACCUGACGCUCCAGUGCAACCAGAUGGCUUUGCACGCAGACCUGCGGCUCAUGCAGAAGCUCCUUUCCGGCCACGGUGUCUUCUUGCCAAGUGCCAUCGCAGCAGCCAUUGAGUCAGAACUGCCUGCGUGAAAGCACCACUCCUCUUGGGGAGCUGCUUCUAAAUCCAGAUCGGUCUUUAAAUUUCCAUUAAUCUUAAGCUUACAGCACUCCCUUAAGCAGCAGUUUUAUCAGGUUGACUAUUUAUUUGCAUUUCUAUGACCCUGAGCAAGCAGCAACACACAAUCAUGCAGAGAGGGAACAGCUAAUCUGUUCUUUUUCUUUUUUUUUUUUUUUUUUUUUUUUGAGAAGACCAGGUCCUUUUUCUUCCCCAGUCUUCUUGAGAACCAUGUUUUGAUCUACAAAUGCUGUUUGUCUCAUGUAUAUUUGAGGGUUAUCGGUCAGUAAUUGCAACAUUUUAAACCAAUCCUUUAAACAUUCUGAAUGUAUUUCUACUGUAUUUAUUAGUUGACUUUUUUACGGAGCGAAAUUUGGAUUGUAAUAAAAUUCAACAGAAGAUAUUUAUCAGGUGAACUUCUUUAUUUGCACAGAUAAGGGCACAAUAGUUGUGCACAAUGAGGAUGGUUGUCUGAAUGGCCAAAUGCGUCAUGGACUUCUCCAUUUUCUGUCUGCUGUUUGAAGAGGAAAUGCAGAGGAGCUCAGACAAGAUAUUUGGUUGAACAGCGUGGCAGCAGCAUGCUUCUCAACCUUAAUUCAGCAUGGCCCAAGCCCCUGCAAUGCUGUGCGGGGUUCCCAGCAAAACAAAGCCCCCCUUUACAGCUGCCUGGCCCCAUCCGCCCCAGACUGGUUCGAACUGCCUCUCGCGGUGCUGCUUCCCUGCAGUGCCACUGCACACCGCAUGGGGCGCUCCUUCUGUCACAAGGGUGAAAUUCUUGGUUGGUGGUGCGCCAACUGUUCCUAAUUAGGUUCCACGCAGAACCUGGGACCCCAGCCAUGAUCUAAUGCCAUC